AUGUUGAUAACUGCUUCAUUUAAAAGCAGUGGAGAAAACCCGAUGCAUCAUACCAGUAAACAUGUUCAAGGCACUGAAUUGUUUCCUUCUAGUAGCAUCAGAAUCCAGGGCAACAGUGGUAAGCCAUCUUUGGAAAAUGGUGGCUUCAAACUGAAAUCUGGACAAACGAGAAGUGUUCAUGCACCAGAUAAUUGGGCUGGAAGAUUCUGGUCCAGACAAUGGUGCAACAAUGAUACCGGGCAAAGCCUGGUUGGAAAUUGCAACGGAGUGGAAUGCCAAGGAAGAGGUGGAAAUCCUCCAGUUACAUUGGUAGAAAUUACACUCAGAGGUUCCGGAAACCAGGACUUUUAUGACAUCUCUUUGGUUGACGGCUUCAAUACUUUUGCCACGAUCCGACCAAUAAACGGUCAAGGACGCUGUAAAGCAAUCAAGUGCAAGUCUCGCAUCAAUAACAUUUGUCCCAACGCACUGAAAUUCAAUACACCACGAGGAGUGCUUGGUUGCAUGUCCUCCUGUUUGAAGUACAGCAAUAAUGAUCAGUACUGCUGCAGAAACAAAUUCGGUACCAGAGAAACUUGCAAAGUUGAUCAAUGGCCGAAUCCCAACUCGGCAAAACUCUUCAAGCAGCAUUGUCCCGAUGCAUACAGUUAUGCUUACGAUGACCACAGCAGUACCUUCACUUGUAGGGCUGAGAAGUACAAAAUCACCUUUGGAGGUUAAUAAUACAAUUGUUUCGAAGUAUUAUGCAUUUUAUGUGUCAAUUGAAGAUGUUACAAAUAAAUAU